AUGGAUUCCGCGCCGUGCGAUGGAGACUUCGUUGAUGAGCAGGCGGCGGAGCCGCUAGAUCCCUGGGCAGAUGCUGCUCGGGCUUCCCUUCCUCGCGGCGGCGUGGAUCAUGCCGAAGUUCACGGUGAAGAUGGCGGCGGUGCCCGUCGCGCUUGGCGAAAAGGCAAGCAUUCGGAUGAGAAUGCAGUGGGAAACCCUUCUGGCACCGUGGGGGAACAUGGUGCUGAGCAGGGCAGCUACGAGCCGGAUGUCGACGAGCCGUACGACAGCAGCAAGCAUGCUUGGACCGAGACCGAGCCCUGGUCUCACUAUGACCCUACGAAGCAUGAGUGGACCCAGCACUGGCCCGACCAAACAGCAUGGGAGACUUCUUGGAACACCGGCUGGGAAACUGGUUGGGAUUCUGGUUUCCGUCGACAGUCUUGGUCGGGUGCCACUGCUGCUUCGUCGAAGGACGGUUGGGAACAUGAGUGGACGAGGACGACUACCCCGGCCGACCAAUUGUGGGAAGCAGAAUGGAGCAGGACACCCUCUACUACCACUCCCGUCGAGUAUAACCCUUGGGAGACUGAGUGGAACAGAACAGCUGGCAACAAUGUCCAGUACUACCGCGAAGGUGACCUUCAACACUCGGCCAUCCCAGGGGACCAAUGGCAAGCUCGUCUUCGUGAUCCUCCGGUACGUCCUCAAGGUGAUCAAGGUCCUGGCGACGGAGAUCGACGAGGAGGCCUCAGUGAGCGGAUGUCGGUUCCUUCUUUCUCUGCCGACAGUGGUGGCGACGAGCUAGGACAGUCAGCGCGGAGUUACAUCCGCCAGAUCGAUGCUUGGGUACGGGUCACCCGUACUCCACCCUCCCAGCAAGCGAUCCUCCUGUACCAGAGCCUGAAGGGGCGAGCGUGGAUAGAGGCGGAAGAAUUGGAUGUGAAAGAGUUGUCUAUGCCAGAUGGAGUCGAAAAGUUCAAGAGCUGGAUUACCGAGAGGUAUCAAGAAAUAGAGGUGGGCAAGAUAGCAGAGGCGUUGAAUGGUUUCUUUAAGAAGCUUCGUCGUGGCCCUUCUCAAACAGUUCGCGAAUUCAAUGCGGCUUUCGACAGGUCCUACGCCAGACUAGUCGAAAUCGAAUGCAGACUCCCUGAGACAGCUCGUGCCUGGGCGUACCUCAGCGCUCUCUCACUCUCGCACUCUGAGGAGCUGGCCAUCCUGGGAAGUGUGAACAAUGAGUUCAUCUGCAACAAGCUUCAGCGUGCCGCAGUACUUCACGAAAAGAGCCUGCGUCGUCCAUGGGAUCAACGCGAGCGUCCAAAGCCCUGGGAUCGCGGAGGACGCACGGCUACCAAGGUGAAUAGUGCCAACGCUGCCGAAGCUAUACCCGAAGGUGAAGAUGGCUUCGACGAGGAUGCUGAUAUCCCCUCCCCGGCGAACGAGGACGAGGCCGAGCUCUACGAGGCGUUCAUGACCGCAAAAGCACAGUACAGAGAUGCGGUCAAGAACCGCAACCUUGAGCCAGAUGAGGUGAAACGCGCCAUCGACAGCAAGAUCCAGAAUGCCAAGCUGAGGUCGUUUUGCAGUGUCUGUAAACAGCGCGGACACUGGUAUCGCGACCCAGAAUGCCCUGGCAAGCCUCCAGCACAGCCCUCCUCUAAGGACAAUAACUCAGCACCUGUGACCCAGACUGCCAACAUCUCGAACGAGGUCUUCAUGACGAGCGGGAUCUUGAGCGACAACUUGUUGGCUAUCGCGGACAGUGCCUGCACGAAGUCCGUGACUGGGACCGCAUGGCUUCAGCGUUACAUGGACGUGCUCAAAGCCUUCCAGGUUGAGGUCCCUUUGUUGCAGGAGAGUGACAACUUCAAGUUCGGGGCUUCGAGGGUUUAUUCCUCCAGCUAUGCAGUCGUGGUUUCCUUCAAGGUCGGGAAUAGUUGGAUUAUGGUGAAAGUUUCCGUCAUCCAUGGUGAUCUUCCCCUACUGCUGAGCCGUUCCGUUUUAGCCGAGCUCGGAAUGGUUUACAAUCUCAAGGAGCACAGAGCGGACUUCGAGGCUGUACAGGUGAAGGGAUAUCCUCUGAUGACCACUCCGACAGGUCAUCCCGCCAUCAGCGUUCACCCUGGAGGACAGGGGAUCCCUGCCGAAGCGCAGCCCAACAUGUGGGACGCCAACAAGUGCGCCCGUGGCGAGAUUUUGAUCGUUCCCGGCGUGGCAGCAUACAUGGCAGAGUGCAGUGGGGGAGCGGGUCUGUUCGAAGCCUACGUAGCCAGUAAUGCUGUUGUGGAUAAUCGAGUCCCUCGUGAACAAUUCCCUCAGAUAUUCUACGCCAAGAAGAUAUCCCCAGAAAUCAGGAACCUCCUUAUCAGUGAGCACUUGCCUGUAGAGUCCUUCGUGAAGUGGUGGAACCAGACCGGCAUUACAUCAGAUUUCUGGGUAGAGACUGGCUGUUCCUUGAUCCGCGUUCACGUGCCACCAUGGCAGAUGAACAAGACAGAACUUCUUGCCGAGGCAACGCGCCUUGGACUGAACCCUACCUCGAGGUGGACAGUGGAGGAACUACGCAGCGCGAUCCGGGAGCACAAGGAGAUCUUCCAGGAGUCGGACAAGAUGCCGAAGGGGCUUUCCGGGAUGCGUCUGGACCUACUGCGCAAGGAGGCCGACCGUAUCGGCCUGGACUACGGGGAGAAGACAACGCGAGGGACGCUGAUCCGCCACAUCCGCGACUACCACGAGACCCCGGACGACACGGUGAUGGAGAUCGGCCGUUACAAAGGGAACACGUUCAAGCAGAUCCCUCGCCAAUAUGCCGAAUGGGCGGACCGCGAGGAGAAAGCCAACGGAGUGAACAUGAGCCCGGAUCUGAAACGCUUCGUUCUCUGGUACCGGAGGAAGAUUGCGGAGAACGUCCAAGGGUCACAACCGACCCGUCGCCAGCUGAUGGAGGACCCCGAGCGCUACGCAAAGGUACCCUACACGGAACCGUCGGUGGGAUCCCAAUCCUGGGAAGCAGUCUCGGCGAUGAGCAGGGAGGAUGUGGAGCAGAAGCCGUAUCCACCUUCGGCGACCUCACAAAGGGGACCGAUCCAGUCCUCACCGGGGAAGCGUGCGGGAGAACGACCCAACACGAAGGAGAGGAUGGCAGUGGACCCAACGCCCGAGGUGCUGGAGGAAGAAGAGAGCACAUCGAGAUCACCCGCGGACUACCUGUACGAUAACGAAGGCGAGGUGGUGAUCAACCCGGCCGAUGAUGAGGAUGACCUCGAACAGUGGUCCGAGCUUGAGGAGGACAACAUUGGGGCAGAGGUCUUUCUUUCGGAGAGCAUAGAGAAGAAGAUAUCCCUAGCGGUGGCAAACAAUGACUACAAGCACGAGACCCUCAACAACAUCCUCGAGGAGAUCUUCGGCGUCAACGGUGAGUUCUUUCCACGACGUGGUGCUAAAGCCAGACCCAAGGCGAUGGGCCCCGAGGACUCGGGGGAUCAUAAGCUUGUCCUUGGUUACUAUGCCUAUGGGAAUAUGCGGGGCAUCUGUGCGAAUACCUCGAAGUUUGCUUCUCUAUGCCUCUACCUGAAGAACUACUUCCUCGACAAGGACCCCACAGCAAAAUGGAGCUCGAUAUCUUUGGCCUUCAACUGUAAACCCACAGUCCACGCAGACUACAACAACUUGAAGGGCACCCUGAACUACCUGACCGCCGCCGGAGGUUUCUCUCUUGGAGGAGGACUUUGGCAAGAGGGUAAGGAAGCUUCUACGUCAACGCGGUCGGCAACCUUCGUGGAUCCCAAGGAAGUACUCAGGGAGAACGACGUCGGCUACGUCAAUGGGGGUUCCAACUUCAUGAUCUUCGACACCUCGACCGCGACAGGAAACGGCUUGUACCUCCGCCAUUCCAACCUCCUCGUGAAACAGAACAACGACAGCCAGAAUCAUGAGGAGCGCCAGGAAGGAGCUUUGGAGGUCCGCUACCCGUGCCAGUGCCUUCAUCACCUGGUCUUUGGCAUCAAUAACUUCGGCCUCGGAAUGAAUCAGACGUUGGAGGCGACCUCAUCCUUCGAGUGUCUCUCCGCAGAACCCCUCCGAUGGGAAGACGUACCCUCCAUCGAUCCCGGCACUUUCGUGAUGAACCUGCUGUUCCGUUGGAGGCCGUCUUCUUUAUGGCUACACCCGCCUUUUGGCAGCAACCCCUAUGAUGAAAGGAAAUUCUUCGAGGUUCUCGACAUAUGUGGAAGAUGGCAAGUGCAACACCUCGGAUCAUUAUUCGUUCCUGUACCUUCUGGUGAUGAUCAACAACGACGAGUACGUUUGCAGAUGGAGAGUUUUGGACAAGUCAACAGGGUUCUCGUCGACGAGGCUGAGUUCUUCAAGACCACCCGGGGUGCGACGCAUGAGGCCUACGUUGCUGAAGGUGAAGGAGAUGAAAGAGGACAAGCUGAGAUUGAUCGUCUACACGAAGGUGCUGCAGGUAUCACUUUCGACAAGAAGGUGCCUUCCGAUAUGGCGGCGGCACUCCGAAGGCUCCAUCAGAACUUGGGACAUCCGGCCCGAGAAGAUCUGGUGAGGCAUCUACAUCACGCCGGCGCGGACCGAGAUGUCAUCAAGGCAGCAAAAAGUCUGGAGUGCUCUACUUGUGCGAGAAUGAAGGGUCCCAAAAGCGCCCGUCCCGCAGCAGAACCAAAACUCUUGGAGUUCGGAGAUGUGGUCGGAGUCGAUAUGAUGUACGCCUACGACGUGGACGGGAAGAAGAUCAAACUGUUCUCCAUGGUGGACCACGCCUCCUCGUACCAAGUGGUGGUGCAGGUGACCAAGCAAACUGGGAGUGUCCUCGAGAAAACGUUCCUCAAGAAUUGGGUUCAGGUCUUCGGCGCGCCCAAGGUGAUCACUCUGGAUUUGGAGCGAGGAAUACAAGAUGCUUUUGGACGACUCGCCGACUGGUACCACAUCGAGCUCCGGACAAGCGCUGGACAGGCACAUUGGCAGUCAGGAUUUACCGAACGACAUGGCAAAUGGUGGAAAGAGAUCUUUGCCCGGGUGGUGCAGGAACAAACAGUUCGUGGAGAUGAGACCGAGGAGGCGAUUGGCGCCACCUCUUCGGCCAAAAACAAUCUACGCCGACGUUGUGGCUGGGCUCCGUGCCAGAUCGUCUUUGGGAAGAACCCUAGGGACGAAGCAGACCUACAAUUCGAGGUGGAAGAAGGUGGAGGACAGCUUCUACGUACAGCCGAUGACGCCCAACGACGCCGUGAAGCGAUUCGGAACGCAGCAAGGAUCGCCUUCUACCAGGUCCGUACAGAGGACAAAGUGAGACGGGGCAUGUCGCAAAAGGCCCGGGUCAAACCCAGAGACCUUGAGAAUGGUUCCAUGGUGCUGUUCUGGAGAAAGCCAGCAAACAAGAAAAACGGUCUUUGGAAAGGUCCCGGGACUAUCAUUGGACGCCAAGAGGACAACUAUUGGGUGAGCCAUGGUGGUCGCUGCUAUCUGUGCGCACCCGAACAUCUACGUCGAGCUCUACCUGAAGAGGUCGGUGGCUUGUUUGCCCUGCGCGCUACCAAGGACGAUCUACUACGCCUCGUUGAGAACAACUACGACGAUCCAGAGGUUUUCCCCGGAGACGGCGCCCCCGAGGAGGACCAGGCUUUCCUCGACGAUAUCCUCGCCGACCUUUCCAUGCCGGAGAACAGCCAAGACGAGACCGGAGCGGCGAACAUGGAGCUGGACAACGGCGAUCUACCAGAACAGAGAGCCGCUGGAACGAGACGUGAGGCACCUGGAGACGAUCUUCCGAGAGCGGUGAGGAGGAGAGUUUCUACCAAGAGGGCGGAGGAGGCCUACUUGUUAAAACGAGCCUCUACGAGAAGAGGCCGCGAAAAGCAACUGGAAAAGGAGAUUCCGUGGAAUAUGAUCCCGGAAUCAAAACGCCAGUUGUUUAUCGAGGCAGAGCACAAGCAGUGGGAGGAACACCUACGACUUGGUGCACUGCGUCCUUUGAGCCUCAAGGAAAGCCUGGACAAGAAGGGCUGUGGCCGGAUCUUGUCAUCACGUUUCGCAUACCGCGAUAAAAAUCUGGCAAGAAGACGGGCCGAUGCCUCGGUGGAAUGGAAGGCCAAGUCAAGACUAGUAGUGUCAGGCCAUACAGAUCCUGACAUUGCUUCCGGAGCGCUCCGGACGGACUCCCCCACUGUGUCAAGGACAGCGGUGAUGUGCCUCUUACAGAUAGCGGCUUCCAGAACAGAUGAGAACUGGGGAGUUUCUGCCGGAGACGUCACCGCUGCAUUCCUCAAUGGGGAGAGAUUGGACCGGGAGCUGUACCUGAGGCAGCCAAAACAUGGCCUGCCUGGGCUCCACCCUGACCAGCUCAUCAAGGUGGAGAAGGGGGUCUUCGGACUGAUCGACAGCCCGAGGAAGUGGUGGAAGAAGUUCAAGAAGGACAUCCAGGAACUCACCAUCAUACUAUGCGACGACAAGAAGGCCAAGUUCUAUGCGUCGGCUUUGGACCCCUGCGUCUUCCAGUUGGUGGAGCUGGAUGAUGAAGGAAUGCGAGGAAGUGGAGCUCCCCUUUGCUAUGCAGCCGUUCAUGUCGAUGACAUCCUCCUGGUGGCGGAGAAGGGCGUCCGCGAUUUGGUGCAAAGACAGCUUUCCUUGUGUUUUCCUGUCGAUGAGUGGGAACAAGAUGUUUUCGACUUCAUCGGGUCCCACAUAGAGACCAAGCCGGAGGGGAUCUUUGUGUCGCAAUCCUCCUACGCAGCAAACCGCUUGUUCGAGGUAGAGGUCAGCUCAUCCUUGGCAGACGAUGUAUUGGCCGACCCGGAGCAGAUCGCCGACAACCGUUCUCUUGUUGGAGCCUUGUCUUGGCUGGCGUCCCAAUCGAGGCCGGAUUUAGCUUGUGGGGUGUCGAUGUGCCAGCAGCUUCAAGCAAAGCCGAAUGUCGGCGACCUCCGUUUCUCAAACUUGAUGGCACGGAGGGCAUUGCUGCACAAGGACGAAGGAAUCCUGCUUGCCAAGGUCCCUUUGAACGAGAUCGUUUUCACCGUGUUCCAUGAUGCUGGUUGGAGCAAUGCCCCUGACUCGAACGCCGACCCCGUCUACUUCCUCUACAGCGAGGAUGAACAGAACGGAACCAUCGAAGAAGGACCUUGGGUCAACAAGAAACGCAAGACGAAGAAGAAGAACUCUUCGGUGGCUUCCCAACUCGGGGCUUUGGUGAUGGUUCACGGGAAAGACGCUCUUGGCCCUUCGGGAUCAGUGUCAAGUAUCCUGGAGUGGCGCUCCCACGCUUGUGAUCGUGUAUGUAGAUCGACGUUUGGGGCUGAAACCAUGGGGUGUAUCGAAGGGAUCGAGCUUGCACAGUAUGUGAGGGCCAUGUUCGACUCCUUCCUGACGGGCAAGGUCUCGAGAGAUGCGGGAAAGGGGAUUCCUCUUCUAGCAGUAACGGACUGUCGCUCACUGUUCGAUCACAUGCACAAGGACGGUCUGCCCCGCACACCAUCGGAUCGCCGGCUCGCUAUCGACAUUGCAUGUUUGAGACAGAGCCUUGAUGAUGAAAGGGCCGAUGUCGAAGACAGUCGAGUGCCUUUGGUUUGGGUGCCUACUCAUCUGCAACGCGCUGAUGUGUUAACGAAACCGAAGAGCGCAUCAGACUGGUGGCCAGCUUGCGGCCAACUUUCUUUGCCCGUCAAAGAGGGCAAACUUGUUUUGAAGCAGUGUAAAUCUGAAGAUGCAAGCACAGGUCUGUAUAGCAUGCCGAUCCGCAGAGAGAGGGAUGUUCCUGCAAGGCUGAGCAUCUGA